AUGAUUAUAUUCAUUGAUAUGACAAAUUCGACAAUGAAUAAUAAAAAAUCUUCGUCUUUAUCUUUCACACGUCGACGGCAAUUAGAUGAAAACUUUCGUCGGAUAAAUCGGCAAUGUGAACAAAAAGUAAUAUGUCAAAAACAUCUUCCAAGCACUUCGGCACUUACAGAUUCUUCAGUUCAACAACAUCAAAAAGAAUUAGCUGAAAUUGACAUGAUUAAUUGUGUACGUCAAUGUAUAUCUUAUUCAUGUUAUCGACAAAUUUAUGAAAAAGAUCCAUUGGAACGUGGAGAAAUUGAUGUACGAGCGAAUCAUUUCAAAACAUGUUGGACGAAACAACAAAAAAUCUAA